AUGGGUUGCAAUAUCUCUAGUGCAGUCCCCGUGCAAGGGGAUGAGGACGGGGGGAUGGUGAAAGCUUGUCGGAAGCUGAGCGUCUCAAGGGAGAUCAAACUGAAGAGGAUCUUCGACGAGAUCGACACUUGCGGCAUGAAAUACCCAGCGACAGGGGUGGUGAAUCGAGACAAGGUCCUCAACAACAAGGAAUAUUUCGAGUCUUCCUUGCUGAGCAUCGGACUCCGGCCCAUCAAAGUGCCAAGGACUGACGUCUCGUUCGAGUACUUCAAGACCGCGGCCCAGGUCGAAUGCUCUUUGAUGUCAACAUGGAGGUGGGAGAAUGGCUGCUGGAGAGAGGAUCCAAAUCUAGCCAAGAUGAGGAAGGACUCUUCAACUUCUUAA